AUGAACCUGCAGAAACGUUACACAAUAAUACAGUGCAGAAAUUACCGAGACAUUUGGAGCAGGGUACAGAGUCAUGAUAUUAAAGGAAUAUUUUUGGAACUGAAUGAAACACAGAGAAACGUACUUACACACUGCUUGAGCAGAUUGGAGUAUGACCAGAUCGUUGAUGAUAUGCUUGACCAGGGGAGAACUACUGAGGACGAUGAUAUGAUUGCCACAAGGAGAAUAUUGAGGCCACCAAAGAAAGGCUCAGCUGCAGAGAUUGUUGGGAAGCGAGAUAGGUACCGUGUUGAUGGCUCGAAGAUAAUGAAGAUCUACCUGGAUCCUAAGGAGCGGAAUAACACAGAAUACAAGUUGGAAACCUUUGCUGGUGUUUACAGAAAAUUUUGUGGGAAGAAUGAGGUUUUUGAGUGCCCUUUGUCAGAGGCUAGUUAA